UAGAUGGGCUUGUUACAGCAGCCGUAUCAUAACACUGAUUUUCCCUGUGUGUUACAAUGGUCCCAGCGAUGUAGUUUUAUAAAGGGGUGGUGUCUCUACACUUGACUGCCAGAUUAAGGUAGCUACCGCUUCAUUGGUUACAACCCAGAUGUAGCUGCACCAGGAAUUGGUUGGUUUGUCUGCUCCCUAACAUUAUCCCGGGGUAAGUUUCCGUGGCGACCAGCAACGGUGACAGCAACCAUUAAUAAUGGAUACGAGAUGAAGAACAACGAAAUGAUAUAUUUUCUAAUUACGAAAGAAGCAGGACUAUGUCCCGAUUAACGCUUUCAGACAAUUCAGACUGCUGAGAGGCGUGAGGAGAGAAGUUAGUUAUCUGUGAGGGAGCUGUCAGCUAGAACUUUAUAGGGAGCCGAGUUGUAGGGAGGCGUCAUUGUAGGAAGUCGUCCUUAUAGGGGAGCUGUCAGUGUAUGUCGGCAGACAGGUGAUAGGAUGGUGUUAUAAUCUUAUGGUACACACACACACAAUGAUGGUCGGAUAUAGAGGAUCGGUUAAAAGGGACUACUAUUGGCCUUUCUGUCACGACACAAUAGGCGGAGACAUGUUGGGAAAGAGACGUCACGGUAUCCUGGGGCCAGGUGGGAAGCGCAGAAAACUUCACGGUCCACCUGUGCAGAAAAAUGCCCUGAUGCAGCUGAAUGAAUUGAAACCGGGACUGGAAUUCCGAUUUGUUUCCCAAACGGGUCCAGUUCAUGCGCCAAUGUUCAUAAUGUCCGUCGAGGUCAAUAGUACUACCUUCGAGGGAAACGGAACAACGAAAAAGUUGGCGAAACUUCGAGCUGCGGAGAAAGCUCUGAAAUCUUUUGUGCAGUUCCCUAAUGCUGCAGAGGCCCACAAGGCUAUGGGCCGUGACAUCAUAACGGAUGACUUUACGUCCGACACAGCAAACAAUUCCAAUAACGAACUCUUGUUUAACGAUUUUGAAGCUCAUAACAAUAAUAAAAUGGGGAAUUUCCCCGCCAUUGAACAAAAUGGUGCAAGCAAGCCGAAAAGAAAAUCUGCCAUCCCUGCUCAACCAGAUGGUAAAAAUCCCGUCAUGAUUUUAAACGAACUUCGACCAGGACUUAAGUAUGAAUAUGUUGGGGAGCGAGGUGAGAGUCACGCGAAAAGUUUUGAAAUGUCUGUGACAGUUGAUGGAGAAAUCUUCACCGGAUCUGGCCGCAAUAAAAAGAUGGCCAAAUCUCGUGCGGCCCAGGCAGCCCUGACCAAGAUAUUUCACUUAGAGUUCCCCUACCCACCAGAUUGUCUAAAAGCCGAGACUUUAACAGCUUUUACUUUACGGUGUCCAGAUCAUCUAAAAGGAAAGAAGAAGAAGAAGAAAAAGAAACAGAAACAGAAGCCAUUAAAGCGGUUAAAUACAGAUACAAGAGAUAUUAGAAGAAUGAUCAAGUUUCAGAAACAGAAACAGAAGCCAAUAAAGCGGUUAAAUACAGAUACAAGUGUAAUUAGAAGAAUAAUCAAGUUUCAUAUUAAAUGUAUGCAGCCCACAGGUGACGUAGCCACCAAUGUACCCCAGGAACUUGCCGACCUUGUGGCAAAGCUGGUGUUAGAAAAAUUCAGUGAGCUCACAAAUGGCUUUACAAGCCCCCAGGCACGACGAAAGGUGCUUGCCGGUGUUGUCAUGACAACAGGGGAGGAUGCUACUAAUGCAAAGGUGUUGUGUGUUACCACGGGAACCAAGUGCAUCAACGGGGAGUAUAUGAGCGACAAGGGCAUGUCACUGAAUGACUGUCACGCAGAAAUCCUGUCACGUCGCUGUGUGCUUCGCUUUCUACAUGCAGAACUUGCCAAGCAUUUAUCUACAGACGCCGAUGUGAAAAACACUUCCAUAUUUGUUGAUCGUGAGGGGGGAGGGUUCAUGCUCCGCGAGGGUGUGCACUUCCACCUGUAUGUUAGUACCGCCCCCUGCGGAGACUCGCGGAUCUUCUCGCCCCACGAGACAGCAAAUGAACCUGGAGAUUCGGGGGACAAGCAUCCCAAUCGCAAGGCACGCGGACAACUACGCACAAAGAUAGAGUCAGGUGAAGGCACGAUACCGAUAAAGUCCUCGGCAGGGAUACAGACGUGGGACGGAAUACUCGAAGGCGAGCGCCUGCUCACAAUGUCCUGUAGUGAUAAGAUAGCUCGCUGGAAUGUCCUUGGCAUCCAAGGAGCCCUGCUCAGCCAUUUUAUACAGCCCAUCUACUUUGAUAGUAUAAUACUUGGGAGUCUGUACCACGGUGACCACCUGUCGCGGGCUGUGUGUACGCGCCUGGCCGGUAUAGAGAACAUCUUCGAACCCUAUCACCUUCACCAGCCAUAUAUGAGUGGCAUCAGCAAUCCGGAAAGUCGUCAGCCAGGAAAGGCACCAAACUUUGCAGUCAACUGGUGUUGUAACGAUCCCAGUCUCGAGGUGAUCAACGCCAUGACUGGCAAACUUGAGGAUGGUGGUGUUUCACGCCUGUGUAAAAAUUCUUUCUUCGAGUUGUUCUCAAAACUGUAUGGCAGUCUGACAUCUUUAACCAACCAAACUGUAGCUGCCAAGCCAAGAACUUACUCAGAGGCCAAGGGUGCCGUCAUGGACUACCAACUCGCCAAGUCGCAGCUUUUCAAGACAUUCCAGUCACUUGGGCUUGGCAGCUGGGUGAAAAAACCCAUUGAACAGGAUCAGUUUUCAUUGGACCAGACACAGGUCACAUCCCUCAGCUAACCAGGACAGGAAGUCAUCAUAUAGGUUGGAUUGGGCAUGACAGGAAGUUCUUAUAAUAUCAAAGUAGACCAAACAUGACAGGAAGUUUACACAGACUCACUCACAGAAUAUGAGAAAAUCGGGUGAUUAUCAUAGCAGGAAGUUGAAUUUUGGAUGAUUUUGAAAUGGGUGCAAUUUUUUUUUUUUUUUUUUUUGUCAUUUUUGCACCUCUAGGCCACUUUCCGUUAAAAAGUGUUUCAAACUGUUGUUUGAUUUUGUUAGGCCAUAGUGGUUUGAACUUGUGCAGUGUCAUUGUUACGAUUUCAUCCAGGAAUUAGUAUUUGCAAUAUUGUGAAGAUUUUGCUAAAAAUGCAUAGUGCAUAUAAUGUAUUGCCUUCUUUUGGUAUUAAAUUUCAAUGUAGUUCAAGUUUGCAAUAACAUUAGGAACUUGAAAUUUUCACUUCAUUGUUGAACUUGUGGAAGUCUUACCACCAAAUGUGUGAAAAUAGAGCUGCCACGAAAAUAACCCGAUAUUAGUCGGUUUGGGAAAUGGGGAUAGACCUAGCAUCUGCUGGUUUUCUUUGACAAGCAUUAACAAAAAUUUUCAAAGUUUUUGGCUUAAUAUUCCCUAUACAAUAGUCAAAACAGAAAGAAGAAAUUUCCAGUUUGGCGACAUAAAUGAACAGGCACCCUGAAAAAAAUGAAAAAAAUGGCCAAGAAGAUAUAUGCAUAAGAACUUUUCUCCGACAUGUUUUCAAAAAGAGCAAAUGUACACCUAGUAAAAGCAAGGUCUCAAUCCACAGAGCAACAUUUUAGGCCAUACUACAUUAAUUUGGUACUAAAUUACUUGUUCAGACUUCAGACAUACUGUAGAUAUAUACCAAAGUGAAUAAAAAUAUCCCCAAGAUGAUUGGGGUAUGUUUCCCUCAUCAAAAGGUAUUGGGUUAGCUCAAAGUUAAAGAGUUCGCAAGAAUGUUUUAUAGAAUUAUACUGAUAAUAGAUUAUUGUUUCAAAACAAACUAGGUUAAGUUAAAAAAAAAAAUGCUGAUCGUGAUCGUGUUUUAAAUUGGAAUAAAGAUGAACAUGUUUUUAAGUGUAAUUUUCCUUAGUCUUUAGCUGUUUCAACAAAGCUGACUGAAAUUGUACUAAAAAAAAAUCCUGUACUAUUUUGACAUCUUAAUUUUUAUCUUAAAAUAUUACGGGAAAAUGUUAUAAAAGAAUGGGUGAAAUAAAUUUGGAUGAGGAAAGACAUUAUCUUUAGCAAACAAAAAUGUUUGGAACACAAAAAAUUAAUUUGGUAUGGCCUAAAAUUUUGUACACAAAUUACAAGAUCUACAUGUAUAUCAAUCAGAAUUCUUUUUUUUUUUUUUUUCUCCAUUUCUUUUACAUCAUUUGUAAUCAAAGACUUUUUUUUUUUACUCAACCACAAUGUUUUUAAUACAUGUAGAUCUUUUGUUUUUAUUAGAUUUUAAACUAAUUAAGGGUAAAUCGUUAACCGAAAGCUUCCUGUCUGCUUGCAUGGUGACUUAGGGUUGAAAUGGAUCCAGACUUGGUAUUGAUAUCUUUAACAAUGGUAUGACUGUUGGUAUGUCCUUUUUUUAAUCCUUCAUUGGCUCAUUUGUUUAUAGUUUAAUAUCAACUUAUCAAAAAACUUUUUAUUAAUUCAUUCAUCAAAAUAAUAUUGAAACAUUUUUACCUAACUAAAAUCAAAACACAUUUUUAACAACUGGAAAAUGUAGAUCUUAAUACUCUCCAAAACAUAUACAAUAUCUAUCUUUAGUACAUUUUUCAUGGUUAGUAUUUCAAAUAUUUACACAUCUGUUCUGCAUAGAAUUUAUAGUUGCUUUUUAUCAAAAUCUUAAGUUUUGAAUCAUUACACUAGAGUUACUUCCCUUUGUUACACUCGACAGUUGAUGGGGCCAGUUUAUUUCUGUGAAUUUAGUAAUGUCCAUUCAGUGCAAAACUGGAAUCCCAAACUGGAAUUUUAUAAAAGUAACAUUUUAUUCUUUUCCCUUAUUUUAAGCGUUUAUCUUUAAAAGUGAAUGAAUUACAGCACAGCAGGACAUGUCGAAGCAAAUAAGGAUAAUAUAAUUUAAGAAACAUCGCCAAAAACAUCCAGUUUGUGGACUUUCCAAACUAGACAUUUUCAGUUUUCCAGUUUGUGGACUUUCCAAACUAGACAUUUUCAGUUUUCCAGUUUGUGGACUUUCCAAACUGGACAUUUUCAGUUUUCCAGAUUUGACCCAUUGGCGUGUAUGUUAUAUAUGAUUUUUUUUCUAUAUCCUAUUUUUUUUCUAAACUGUUCGUAUUAUAUACGUACAACUUAUUAAUAUGACUUGCUUACUGUAGUCGUAUACAUAUUCGAAAUGCUUGUCUCUCCUUUUUGCUGUAGAUUUGUAAUCUUCCUGAAUUUCCAUUGACUUUGGGAAACAAAGGACCAUUAUUAAUGGCAUUGUUCCACUUUCUAUUGUUUGUUUGUUUGUUUGUUUAUAGAAUGAAGCUAUGUUGACUUGUUUAGAUAAUUUAUGUAGGUUUUGUAUUCAUACGUGAGCCUCAGGCUAUUAUUUUUAGUUCUAUGUUGUUUUCCAAUAGCUCAAAUAAUUUAUAUAUCUGAAUUUCAUACUUUGUUGACAGUUCUUUUUAACUAGGGUAAAUAGGAUCAGGUUAGUAUACUGCACACAUCAGACCUAAACUUAAUGAUCAGAUAUUUUAAAGAAAGAAAUUAAGUAAAUUAUGUAGCAUAUUUACCUGUGUAAGAUUUUAUGUAAUAAUACCAUUUCCCUCAAGGUGAAAAUCAAAAGAAUAUGCGUAAAAUACAGAGAAACCAUAAAAUAUGAAGAUAUGACUCGAUUUCAAGGAAGAUAAUUUUUAAAUAUCAUAUUAUGACAUAGAGAAAUUCAUCAGUGUGCCGAUGUAUAUACAUAUUGCAUAGAAAAUUUCUGGUUUUUAAAUACUGUAAAACAUGAAACGUUCUUUGUGCAUAAACAUUCGUUGUUUUGUGAUUGUUAUGGAGCCAUGAAUAUAAACACAACGAAAAAUUGUUGUAUUUAUUAUUGUUAUUUUUUUGUGGCUGUAUAACCAUGAAAGUUUGUAUAGUACAACUGUUUUGAUAUAGCUCUAUGAAAUAAUUUGACAGCUCCAAACCACGAAAGAAAGUACACACGUACAUUUCAUGUUCAACGGUAAUUAACACUAAAUAUCUCUUAUGCGAUGGGAUGCCAGGAUAAUUUUCACUCAACUUGAUGAAACAAAAAUUUACAAAGAAACAUUUACGUAGACCUACAAGCUUAUUUCAGGAUGGAUUCUGUUCAUGGCAGAUUUUUUGAUUUUUUUUUUUUGGUAUGAUAUUUUGAAAGUGCUUUUAGAUAAUGGAAAUCUGGUGAAGAUAUUAAAUUUAUAUCUUAUUAAAAUCUUACCUUUCCUUAAAGUAACACUCGGGUCAUCAGUGGUGUACAUAGUUCAAUUCUAAAAUAAAUUCUAAAUUAAGAAACUAGUUUUAUCAAUAUAACUUCUGUUGCCCUGAGUUGGUUUGAAUUUAGAAGGAAACAGGUAUCAUUAGAGGAAAUCCUAACGACAGGUGACAUUUUUUACAUCCAAUAUGACAAUCCAUGCAAAUCUCACCAUCUUAGUGAAGGUGUAGAUAUCGAUCCACACACCAGGAUUUGAAAAAUAUAGAAAAUAUUGAAGAAAUCACGAGAGAUUUUUCAGUAAAUUUACAAUUUUAACUCCAAGCAGGAAAAAAACAUGUCAAAAUAUAUCUAUAUGUAGCAAAGAUUUUUGUUGUUGUUGAUGCUUAUAGCACUGAAUUAAUAAUGUAUUUUGUUGACAGUCCAAAAUGUUCAAAGGGACAUAACUCCAUAAAGAUAUGGUUAAAUCAGUUUGGUGUCAGCAUUUUAUGCUCGAGAUCACUAACAAUUCAAGUUUAAAAACAAUGUAUCUAUUGUAACACACACAAAAAUAAUUAUAAUAAAUAAUUUAAUAUAUUUUUUGUGAAUUUUUUAUAACAUUUUUUUUGUCAAAGUAGCUGUAGAAUUCAGUGUUAGAGGUACCCUAGACAUUAUGUAAUGUGAUUACGUAUACAAUACCACUGUGACAUGUUGUCCAGAUUUAAGUUAUUUUGUUGUGCCCCAAGUAGGCAGAAGUUAAUGUAUCUGUUGUAUUUAAUUGACCUGGUUAUGUAUAUACAUAGCAUCAUUUAAGAUAUUGAUGCAAGUCCUUAUUUUACAGAAUGCCUCCAAGAUUGGGGUGGAUUUUGAUUUAGUUAUUACAACAGCACAGAAAUGCCAGUUUGUAUUCUAAUAAUUAACACUUUUUUCAUUCUUAAUGAUGAACUAUUGUUUAACUUAAUAGGUUUCUGUUUUUACUAACACUACAUUUUUAACAUAAAUGAGCUCACCAAAGACAAUCAUCAUUUUUUUUUAAACAAAUGCAAAGCAAAACGUUGAAUGGAAAUUUUACAAUUAUGAAUGUUUUCAAAUCGACCAAUCAUUCCCAUAAUUUUUUUCUAUAAUAACAAUCAUUUUAUCAUCAAUUGAAAAAUUGUCAUCAAAUGCACAAAGUGCAGAAAUUCAUUAUGAGAAAGAGUUUUCAUAUUUCUCAUCAUGGUAUGUUAUGCAAGUCAUUGAAUGAUCAGCAUUUUAAUAGGUUUCAUAAUUUUGUGAACUAAAUCACCUGGUCAUGGCUCUUGUGUCAUGUGACCUUGAGGACAUAAUUAUGUGGUAUUCGUGAAGGUCACGUCAUGUGACCUUGUGGACAUGAGUGGUAUUCGUAGAGGUCACAUAACACUGUAUUGCACAGCACUCGUCAGUACAUGUUUUCCUUACGCAACCACAUCACAUUCAUUUAUAUUGUUACGAUCUCGCAAAUAAAAUGGCUGAAAAGCAAUUG